CCUAACUAUGCUCUUCAUUCAUUGUCUUAACGACUUCAAUUUCUAUUCUUAAAAAUAAAAUAGAAAUAAAAUUGCCAGAAUCAUACGGAGUAGAUCACAUUGAUAUCCUCUCCGCCAUUGUUUUUCUAAGCAAACAGAAUGCCAUCUCCUCUGCUUUUCCCCUUAUCCUCUUCCGCAAAAGUUCCCUUGAUCUUAUAUUCGUCUUCAUAAUUUCAACGCAGUUUCUUCAACCCUCACCUUCUGUAAACAUUCAUGUUAUGUAAAUCGUCCACUUUGUUACAGCGGAAUUGCUGUCAACGCAGAUCUAAUUUAUACUAACUUUUAAUCUAAGUUCGAAACUUUGAGCUUUAUUACAAGUUUUCUCAAUACGAGUUUUGUCGGAAUUGGUUUAAAUUGACAGAAAGACUGGAUGUCUGCAAGAUUCUUUGGGUGGUUGGAUCAAAUUGUUGGUAUGAAGCCGGUAAGUGUGAAUGUUGGGAUACUCCAUUAUGUGUUGGACCAUGUGUAUGGAGCAUUUGUGCACAGAACAAAGAUAAGCCCACCUUUCUUCUCAAGAGGAUGGGGCGGCUCAAAGCUUGACCUUCUUGAAAGAAUGAUAAAGCAGCUUUGCCCAGGCGUGGAAGGGCAUGAUUGGCUGGAAUGGCCUCCUACAUCCGUACAACCUAGUUGGAAAACGGUUUGGGAGUCAAAGACUGCUUGUUUGAGGGAAGGGGUCUUUCAGACUCCUAUUGAUGAACAGCUUCUUAGUGCAUUGCCUCAGGAGAGUCACACAGCCAGGGUUGCCUUUCUUUCACCCAAAUAUGUCCCCUCUAAUAGAACGGCCUGUGUGGUACAUCUUGCAGGUACGGGUGAUCAUAGUUUUGAACGAAGAUUACGCCUAGGUGGACCAUUACUGAAAGAAAACAUUGCAACUAUGGUCCUUGAGAGCCCUUUCUAUGGGGAAAGACGACCAAUGCUACAACGUGGUGCAAAACUUCUAUGCGUUAGUGAUUUGCUUUUGCUGGGAAGAGUCACUAUCGAAGAGGCAAGAAGUCUGUUGUAUUGGCUAGACUGUGAGGCUGGUUUUGGAAAACUGGGUGUUUGUGGACUGAGUAUGGGUGGAGUACAUGCGGCUAUGGUUGGAUCAUUGCACCCUACACCAAUUGCUGUACUCCCCUUUCUGUCUCCACAUUCAGCUGUAGUGGCAUUUUGUGAAGGGAUUUUAAAGCAUGGGACUGCUUGGGAAGCACUGAGAAACGAUGUUGCUAUGCAGGAGGACAAUGUCAUGUCACUUGAGGACGUUAGAGAACGGAUGCGUAAUGUGUUGUCUCUCACAGAUGUCACCCGCUUCCCCAUCCCCAAGAAUCCAAACUCUGUAAUUUUUGUUGCAGCUACGGACGAUGGAUAUAUUCCAAAACACUCCGUGUUAGAACUUCAAAAGGCGUGGCCUGGCUCAGAAGUGAGAUGGGUUACUGGAGGACAUGUUUCGUCUUUCCUUCUCCAUAAUGGUGAGUUUCGCAGGGCAAUCAUGGACGGCCUUAACCGUUUACCGUGGAAAGAAUCUCCUCUCUGAUGGGCCAUUCCUUCUUUGGUGAACUUCUAGAGCUGGAUUCUGAAACUGAGCUAACCAACCCUCUAAUAUUUUAUCAUUACAAUGAAAGAUCAGUUGGAGCUGUUGACAGUCUCAAGUUGUACAAUCUAUCAAACAUGGAUAACUUGUGUUUGUGGGAAGGGGGUUUGAAUUCCUCCCAACCAAACAUGUUGUAAGUGUGUCAAUUAAAAAAAUGUAGGUAUUCAAGAGAACCUUAGCACUUAAAUAGGUUUUAUUACAUUUUUAGAAUUGAAAAUAUGUUUGUGGCAAAGAUUCUUGGUACACCAUUAUAUACACCAACAUUGUGGAGUUUUUUGUAGGUGGCAUAGUCAAAUAUAGAGGCAAUAAACAUUUUAAUAACUACGUA